AUGCCUAACGCCACUUCCCCACCGUCACCGGUCUCUUCGGGGAAGAAGAGACCUCACCCUUCCGAUCCUACACCCACCCAAUCCGACCCCGCCUCAAAUUCCUCGCGUGACACUCAAAACCCCUCCGCAACACCCACUGCAAACGCGAAGCCCACGUCACCUGCGCAUUCGACUACCACCGUCGCUUCCUCCUCGUCCUCCUCCUUUCGCAAUGUCUCCGCCUGUAAUCGAUGUCGUUUACGAAAGAACCGUUGCGAUCAGCGCCUGCCGAGGUGUCAGUCCUGCGAAAAAGCCGGCGUCCGCUGUGUCGGAUACGACCCCAUCACCAAGCGCGAGAUCCCGCGCAGCUACGUAUAUUUUCUCGAGACCCGAGUCGCCUAUCUAGAAAACCAACUGCUAGAGCAUAAUAUCAGCUUCAAGAAGGCCGUCGCCUUUGAUGGAGACGAGACAGUCAAGACCGAGACAGAGGGCGAUGCGGCGCAAUCCAUUUCCGCCCAUAAUGGGCAGCCUGGCGACAGUGCAGAUAAAACACACAAAUCGAAUACCGGAUCCAAGGACGAGGUCGAUCGGCCUGAGCAGAGAGUAGAUGGAGAUCGUGCAGAUAGAGACCAAGACACUGAAAACCAAGAGAACUGGAGGAUACAUAAUUUGGUAUCAAAUAUCGGCAUGGUCUCAGUGCAAGGAACAUCUGAUCCACGAUAUCUUGGUUCAACGUCCGGAAUCUCUUUCGCUAGAGUCGUAUUUGCUGCGGUUCGAAGCUCGCUCCCAGGUAAUAUGCCCGAGCGGGCUCCUAUUCGCACCAGUGAGCGACUGCCACAGACGGCCGCGGCUGGUCCUGGCGCGGGCACGAUGCGCGAUUCGUUCUUCGGGUUGCAAACACGUCCGAUGAUGAAGCGGGCGGCGUUCCCGGACCGGGAGCUUGCAGAAAGACUGGUCGAUUUGUAUUUUGAGCAUGCUAACCCGCAAAUGCCAAUUCUGCACCGUGGGGACUUUAUGGAGCUUUUAUCACGCACGUACCAGCUCGAAGAAAAGAAUCGUUCUCCGAGGGCUCUUUAUGUUCUCAAUAUUGUUUUUGCCAUUGGUGCUGGAAUCAUCUUCGAUGAUAAGCCUCAAAGCUCGGAUGAAGAAAAUCGCGCUGGGAGGGAUCGAGCAUCUUCCACGACUAAAAGGCCGAGGCUUUCGAGUCAUCAGUAUCAACCGGAGGAAUACCAUGCAUCUGCUAUUGUACACUUGGAAUCUUUCCUCGGGUCAUCGUCAAGUGAGGGCUUUGGCGGACUAGAAGAGCUACAGGCAGUUCUCUUAUUAGCCAGCUUUGCCUUGUUACGCCCGGUUGCACCAGGUCUCUGGUACAUUGUGGGUGUCGCAAUGCGUCUAGCAGUUGAUCUCGGCCUCCAUUACGAGGAUGGUGUAGGUCUUGAGAGCACAAAGGAUGGGAACCAAAUCCAGCAGCGCAUCGACGCUCGCGAACGAGGACGACGAGAAUGGAUUCGCGAUCUACGACGUCGUCUAUGGUGGUGUGUCUACAGCUUCGACCGUCUCGUCGCCACCUGUGUUGGACGACCAUUCGGCAUCAGCGACCAGGCCAUAAGUACCGAAUUUCCAUCCAUGAUUGACGACAAAUACAUCACUAAAUCUGGACUUUUGACCCCUCCUGACGGGGCUCCAACAUACAAACAUGUCGCAUUUCAUUACUUCAAACUCCGCCUCCUCCAAUCCGAGAUUCACGACGUUCUACAAUACCAGCAAGCACGCGCUGUUCGAAAACGUGCAACAAAUAGCGCGAUCAUCCUCCCCCAUGCUGAGCUGACAUCUCCUUUCCUUCAAGGGUUUGAUUCUUUCCGCUCUUGGCGUCAUGAUGUGCACCGUCGCCUUGUGGAGUGGCACGAGAGUGCCCCGACCCGUCCUGAUACGGGUGUGCGAUUCUCAAUCGAACUUUUGGAGCUGAAUUACUGGCAAGCUAUCAUCUUGUUAUAUCAGCAGAGCUUGACCGUGCCUGCUGAAUUGGCAGGCGAACUCACUCCAGCUGAUGAUGUGUCUAGCCCUUCUUUCUCAAAUCCAGAUGAUGGUGAUGAAGAAGACCACGUGUAUCUUAAUGUGGCAGAGGCUGGUCAAAAGGUCAUUCGCAUUUAUCGGCAGUUACACCGAGUCAGACUUGUGAACUACACUUAUUUGGCAACUCAUCACAUUUUCAUGGCUGGAAUCUCCUUCCUCUAUGCAAUUUGGUAUUCGCCGCUGGUUCGCAGCCGUUUGUCUCUCGAUGAGGUAGACUUUACCGUUCUGGCCGCCACUUCUGUCCUCGGUGAUUUGAUGCACAAGUGUCCACCUGCCGAAGCUUGUCGAGAUGCAUUCGAACGGAUGAGCAAAGCCACCGUUCAGAUGUGCUUGUCAACAACCGGCUUCGGUUCUCAAGUUGACAUGAGCCGUGUGGAUACAGGCUCCCACGCAUCUGGGUCUCUUCAUUCAGGUCGUCGUCAAGCCUUUGAUCCCAGACGAGCAAGCCAAGGCCAGUCACGACGACAACCACAAACCCGUUCAUCGCGCCCUGUGCCGAGAUUUGAUAUGAACCUCGCUGAUCUAUUCAACGACAACACACCACUCGCUGAUCGCUCCCGCGCUGACAACGUAGCCGGCCAUCCAUAUCCUGUCCGAGCGGAACACGGAGAAACAAUGGCACCCGGACUGGGCGCCGAGGGGGGUCCUUCCCGACCGUUCGUACAGCGCACUCCAUCUAUGGAGUAUUAUCUCAAAUAUGAGAACCCCGGAUCUCCACAACCUCAGCAGUUCUACUACCCCACGUCCCCGCAACAAACUGGUUCCCCUGGAAGUGUGGCUCCAAAUGCUGCAAACGGGCCUCAUGCGGUCCCACCGACAGACCCAGAAGGUCAGACUGGCAUCAGCCUUGAUUUCCUGGACUUUGGAUCCGGUGAUCCAGAUAGCCAAGCUCUUGAGACUGAUCCGAACGGUGAUUAUAAUAUGGCUAAUGUGCCACCCCUUGGCCCCAACCUAGGUCAGAACGUGGGCAUUGACCUGGGCUUUGGCAUGGCAAUGGAUUUCCAACAUGAUUGGAGCGAGAAUCCUAAUUAUGAUCUUUUGGAGGGGUAUUUCUUUGGAGGCUCUGGGCCCGGAGCUUCUGGUGAUGCUUGA